AUGAACUUUGUCGAGUGGGAGGGCACCCAUCUCUAUGUGGCUGUGUUCAUCAACUCGACCGUCGUUCAGCAAUCGAUCGUGGUGCUACCAUGCGCGAUCCUGGCCGGCGUGGAGUGUCUUUUGGCACUUGGCGUACUGGCCAAUCUUCCGAUUCUGGGUGCCCUCCUGAUCCGCUCAGGCCAUUUCCACCUCAACCUCCGCCUCAUCUACCUAUCGAUCGUUAUUUUGAUAUUUGUCGCCGUGUUUUCGCGGAUAUUGCUUAUUAUUUUUCAAUUUCAAUGGCUCAGAUAUGAGGGCGAAGGCUCCCUUCCGCUACUUGCCGUCGCGGCAACCUUUGGACGCUUCACCCCACUUAUUUACGAGGUGGCCUGCUUCUGCCCUUGGGUAUGUAUCGAGCGGCUGGUGGCUUCACGCGAUCCAGCGGAAUACGAGCGAAAUCGGAGUCCGCGGCUGGCGAUUGGGCUGACGGUGGUUGGAUUGGUUGAAGCUUCGAUUGUGACAUACCUUGUCGUUUUUCACCUCUAUGAGAAUUACAAGCUGCUGUUCGCCAUCUUUUUUCCGGCCGUCGGCGCCGUAACCGUGGGAGCCUUUUUUUGUCUUCGCUCCCUAUUAGCAUGGAAUCUCAAGCGACAUCGUGAGAUGACGCAGUUCCAAAAAAAUCGGCUCCACCGCCGCAAUUUCCAAGCCGAAUAUUUGAGUCGCCGGUUUCAGUUGGAGGAAAAUAUCGAAGUUUUACAGUUAAUGAACCGGCUAUUCCGGUGGAGCGUUGCCGGGAAUAUUACUGCCGUUUUCUUCGGAGGGAUCCCUACCGUACUGCUCGACACGAAUUCGCUGCCCGCCCAGUUGAUGCUCGUCUUUUUUGACCUCACCGUUAUGAUAACCAUCAUUGUCCACAUGUGGCUGCUGAUUUUCGGCGUCGAGUCGUUUCGCCGUGAUUAUUGGCUGCUCUGGCGCUUCGUGCUCCGAAUCCCAGAACCCCGCGUCUCCGCGCUGGGCGAGAAGCGUGGGUCCAAGGCCCCGUUUUCACUGGAGGACGAAAAGAACAUGUACUUUACCUACUAUCAGCAAUACUGG